AUGACAUUCAGGAUCAGAACAAGAGACCUCGAACUCUCACAGGCUCUCGAUGAGGCCUUCCUGAGAAUCUUCCUUUUGGGUCUGCGCAUCUGCCAGACCGUCUUUUCCCUACCCAUGAUCGGUUUCGCGGCAGCGUUCAUCAGCGGCCUCUCAAGCGAGGAGCAAGGGGUGCCAUCCAAAGUCACCGCGGCGCUAGCCAUAGCAACCGUCUGCGCCAUUUACGCAGGCGUGACCCUCCUGCCCAUUAUCUUCGAAGGGCUUAUCUUCUUCACCGUCACAGCCAUCUUUGACGUCUUGUUUGUGGCUGCAUGGAGCAGCUUGAUCGGCGUCUGGAACUCUGACGGCACUGGAACUUGCAACGCAUUCAUCACCAAGUACUUUGACGGUAGGCCCCAAAAGUCGUAUUUCAUGACUGAUUGCAGGCUCGUCAAAGCCAUGUUUGCGUUCAUGAUCAUCAACUUGUAA